CACAAUACCAUUUAUUUUUCUUUGGCAACAUCAUGUGUAAAAUAUACUUAUAUAUUUGUUGUAGUUUACUAAUUUUGGCGGUAAACUUAUUGGAACAUGUUAAUGCAAGUGAGGAGGAGAGCCGGUGUAAGUGCGUUUGCCCUAGUCCAACUAUUGUAAAUGGCACGGAAACUAACAAGACAGUGUACACAGUAACGAAAAUCCCUGCAGAAGAAUGUAAAUGUGGCAUAGUCGUGGAGAUGGUUCCAGAGCUGCAUGCAUCAGUCGGUGAUAAAGUUAAUGAAUUUUGUCCAAGAUGUGAGUGCAAGUUUGAGAGCAGAAACCCAACAACUAUAAAGGUUGUUAUCAUUAUCAUUAUAUGCAUCCUGUCCUUCCUUCUGAUAUACAUGCUCUUCUUGCUGUGUCUGGAUCCACUGAUGACAAAGAGGGGAAUUCGCUACAGCCAGCAGCAAAAUGAGGAGGUGAAUUUGCAUGAUUCUGAUGUCCGCGACCUUGACAUAGACUUUUAUGGUGUUGAUAAUAAUGAAAAUCUGGACGAGCCGGAGAGGGUGUGCCGUCGUCCGCGCCCCGACACAGUUCUUAAUCGCGUCGGCAACCAGAAGGAGCGUUGGAAGUCACAAGUGCAGGAGCAACGGCGCAACGUCUUCGACCGGCAUUCAAUGCUGAACUAACCACGCCGAGUCGCCGCCGAUAGAGGAAAGAAAUAUCCGUGAGCGUUCUCUGUCAGCGUAUAAAAAAGUGGUCACGUUCCCGUUCAGCAGUUUACUGAUUUUGUGUGAAGCGAUGAAUCCACCGGUGUUGUAAAUAGGGUGGAUGGCGAGGAAAUCGUCCUCACCUAUAUGUAUGUUACCUGUAUGUUCCUCAUGAAUGUUUGCGUUGAAGAUGCUUGUGCUUAACUUACUUGUCACAUACAAUAGCCUUUCCUGUUCUUUUUUGCAGUGUUUAAAAAUUUCAUGACGUUAUGCAGGGCGUUAUCAUCGUUAUCUCUUGCUCAGUGGUUGAGAAUCUGCAAUUCCGAGGAACCUUGCUUAGUAUCUUGCUUAUCAGUAGCCCCUAAGCGUGAUCUUACGUGUUGGGCUGAUAAGUUUGGGGUAAAUAUACCUGUAGGUACUGUCUUUCACAUUAGUGUGGUUAGAUAACCGUGUUUGAAAAUUUGAUCGCAAGAUUUUACUAGGAAAGUUUGAGUGGUAAUUUAUUUAACUACAUUACAUGUUUAUUGCAUCAGCUAACGUGUCAUUAAAGGUGACUUUUCCUACACUGUCACAUAUCAAU